AUGAAGAGCUGGUUCAUCCUCCUGUUCUCUGUUUUACCGGGAACCCUCAUUCUCCAAUCCGGAGCCGAAUGCUAUUGGAGAAUCAAUGAUAUAUGUGAGUACCAUGAGAAUCACUAUAAAGUUGGUGAAUCCUGGAAGACCGUCGACUGUUUUCACUGCAGCUGUGUGAAGGAAAACAAAGUUAUUUGCUGUGACAUGGUAAAUUACUCAGUUGACCUUAGUAAUCAUUGUGAUGUUUGGUACGAUCCAUCGACUUGCCAACUCUCCCUUCUCUGUGGCCACAGCUUGAUGAAGACACAGAAACGCUCCAUUAAAUCAGAUGUGCCAUUCAAUAACAAGCUAGAUUCACACUCAGCUCAUCCAAUGACUUAA